AUGUCCCCUGUUUACAAGGAUAUCAGUGAUGAUGUUAUAUUAAUUACAGGUGCAGGGAAUGGAAUUGGUCGUGAAAUGUGUCUAGAAUUUGCUAAAUACAGUUCAAAUAUACUAGCUCUCGAUAUAGACGAAAAAGGUCUUCAGGAAACUGCUGUUUAUGUGAAAAGUGGAAGAGGUGUACAAAUUAAACCAUACCUAUGUGAUUUAAGUUCGCCAGCAGACAUCGAUCGUAUUGUCAAUGAAAUUCUACAAGAUUAUGGACGGGUUACAAUCUUGGUGAAUAAUGCUGCAAUUAUCAAUUUAUUGCCAUUGUUACAUCUUAGUGUAGACAAAUUUGAUAAAUGCUUCAAAGUCAAUUUUUAUGCAUACUUCUAUUUUUAUCAAUAUUUAUCGGAGAAAUUAGGCAUAUCAGAUGAAAUGAUGAUGCUUGGUGUAUUUACAAAUAAAAUUUUAACUAAUUUAAAAUAUUGGAGUAAUUGUGAAGCUGUCCUACAAAGAACACUGAACUUAUUAUCAGAAUUAUCAAUGGGUUUUAGUGCUAUGCGUAAACUUCUACGCUUAGAUGAUAUCCAAUUUAUGCUUGUUAAUCAUACACCGGAAUAUUUUCCUUUCCUGUUGUCAACAACCAAUACUGCAAUACCACAAUCAUCAACAAUUUCACGUUUACGAACAACAUUCUAUGCAUCAUUAUCUCGACUGUUGAUGGUUGAUUUAGGUGAAGAUGAAGAACAAUUUUUAAAUUUCGUAUCUCCGUUAACAAGAGUUACCAAUCAAUUGAUUAUAGCUUUACUAUCUGGUGAUCCAUCAAAUUUAAGUCAAGAAUUGACAAAAAUUUCCAUAAUCGGUUUAGCCAGAGAUGUACGAGGUAUAUCGUGCAGUUUAAAUACUAAAACUUCUUAUCAAAUGUUAAUCGAUUGGAUAUAUCCAAGUGGUUUACAAUUGUUCAAUCGUGCACUUGAUCUAUGGCCAUUAGAUCAUAAUAUUAGUGUGCCUAUAUUUAAAACGCUGACAGAAUUAGUGCAUAAUCGUAAUGGACGUCUGUUGUAUGAUACAACUAUACCAAUUGCUUAUUUAUUAUUCACGCAUGUUAGUAAACUGUUAUACAAUUUUGAUCCGGAAAACCCAAAAGUCAUAGAAAAAGCGGAAGAAGUUGUCCGUGCUGCUCUACUUAAAUUGUCAAAUCAUAAUGUAGCAGAUACUAAAAUGCAGUUGCUACCUCUACAAAAUCAUUCAGUUUUAAAUAAUAAUAGCAGUCCAAAAAUCUCAAGUGCAAGGGUCCAGUUACUUCAGUUACAAGCCCUUCAGAAAAAGAUCGCUGAACAGUCGGCUUUACUCAACGAAGAGCGAACAAUCGAUCCUGAAGUGCUUACUCAAAUUCAUAUCCUUAUGUCAGAGUUGACCAGGCGGGCUGAAGUAGCCGCAGCACAGCUUGCAGAUAAAGAAAAUGCCGAUGAAGAUUUAAAUGUUAUUGAUCCAAAUCUGUUGGCACGUAUACAAUCUAUGGAUCAUACAAAAUUAGCAUUAUGCCAUUUUGGAUUAUUAGAGCAUAUGUUCAAUGAGCAUAUUAUAUUUGUUGCUUCACUUGGUACACCGAUCCUGCUGCAUUUCUUAAAGACUAUUGCAAGUAAUUUAACUUCAUUAGAUCCUGGGAUCAGUGAAGUGUGCUGUGUAUGCUUAGAUAGUUUUCUAACGCAUCUGUUUAAACUUGUCCAACGUCAACAACGUUUCAGUCGUAUUAAUACUGCUAAUAAUAGCAGUAAUAGUAAUAAUAAUAAUAAUUCAUUAUAUUUACUGAAUUUGAAUGGAGAUAAUAACAGCAAUAAUAGUAAUAGUAAUAUUAAUAAUAAUAGCAAUGUGAUGAAGCCUAAUGACAACAGUAAUAAUGAAUUGUUAAUGUCGCAUUUAAUAUUGGGCAAAGGUGGUGCAUCGAAUCAUGCAGUUUGGUCUUCACGUGCAACAUUAGCAUCUACAAAUCUAUUGAAUUUAUUAGUGAUGAACAAUGCUACUACAACUACCACGGUGACUGGAAAUCUUGAAAGUUUAGAAAUGCAAUCCGGUGUCACUUUACUACGACGUAUUCUAAUCCUGCUAUUAAGUUCAGUAAUGCAAGAAGAUUGUCGUUGUCAGUGGUCUAUGUCUAGACCGUUGUUGCCUUUAAUUCUUUUAAAUCAACAGUAUUAUGCAGAAUUACGAAAUUGUGUCAUCACAGGAUUACCUUUAGAUAGGCAAGAAUCUGUUACUAAACUGUUUGAUAAAUUAAUGGAAGAUGUAGAGUGUAAUGUAACAUUAAAAAAUCGUGAUAAGUAA